AUGAUCUGUCUCGUUUUCAUUCACAGUCACUCAACUUUUCAUUUUCAUAUUCAAAUCGGCCAAGAAGGUCAAUAUUGGUCCGUCGAUGCGACGUUACAAUCCUGCCAUGAAGCACGUGGUAGUAUAACUCGUGCAAUUUGUUACGUUCGGCUCACAUUCUUGAAUGACAGGUUUAUGGUGGAGCCCAAGGUCCUAGCUAUGGGCUCAGGACGCAACUUGAGCUAUUUGCCAACUCCAGGCCUAGCAAGUAAAGACGAAAGUUAA